UCCCCUCCCUCCACUCCGUCGUGUUUUCGAGAUGAGGGGCGGAGCGUAUCGACUGGGAACGCGGCGCGUCCCCCGUCGUCGCGUUCGCCCACAGAACCAGCGAGCGCGUCGCGUGCAGCCGCCGGCCUCUCUGUCCACUCGCCCUCUCCUGAUCUACCGGUACUUUUCCUACAACAAAAAUGACUCUGCUACAUAAUGGCUUCCCAAUUUCGGUCAUCGAACAAAUCGGCAAUGCCCCUCUCAGCGACGACGACGAACGAGACCUGUCGUUGAAUCGCUUCGGGAGUAACUCCUCGAGUGAAUCUAGUGAUCGCCGUGUAAGGUCGUACUACGGUGGUCGCGACACGGACCGCUUUUUCGGCGGGGCGUUCGAGGGAGACGAGAGCGAUGGUGAUGUGGAUGGCGUAGACGAUGAGCCACCGGCUGAGCUAGUUCCUCUUGGAAUGCGUGGAGGCAGUGGGUCAUCUACCGUACGCAGUCCCAGAAAUCGAACUCGCAGUGGAUCCCAUCAGCACAAGCCUGGUUUCUUCGAUUUCUACAAACUGACCGAGGAGAAACUGGGUGCGGGUGCGUACGCGAGUGUGCAAACUUGUGUGUCAAUCGCUUCUGGAAAGGAAUAUGCGGUGAAGGUCGUUGACAAGAACGAAGAGUCGCACACCCGGUCGCGAAUCCUAAGAGAGGUGAAUACGUUCAAGAUGUGCAAGAACCAGCCGAAUAUUGUCCAACUGAUCGAAUGGUUCGAAGACGAUGCAUACUUUUACAUGGUCUUCGAAAAGAUGAGAGGAGGACCUUUGCUUGAACAUAUCAUCCGUAAGGGUUAUUUUACCGAAGAAGAGGCCCGCCGUGUCACCGUGGACAUUGCUACUGCGCUCAAGUUCCUCCACGACCGAGGAAUAGCACAUCGCGACGUAAAGCCGGAGAACAUCCUGUGCACAGAGCCUGACCGCGUGAGCCCAGUGAAGUUGUGUGACUUGGACCUGGCCAGUCGCCCUGUGAAAGGCCACUCUCCACCAAAGAUGCCACAGAUCAAUUCCGAGCCGGAUUUGGCGUCUCCUGUCGGAAGCGCCGAGUUCAUGGCACCGGAAGUGGUCGAUGCAUUUGUGAAUGAUGCUCUGCGCUAUGACAAGCGGUGUGAUAUGUGGUCACUGGGAGUCAUUCUGUACAUCAUGCUUUGCGGUUAUGCUCCAUUCCAGGGCGAAUGCGAUGAUGAAGACUGCGGUUGGUCUGAAGGUCAACCUUGCGACGACUGCCAACAGGAGCUCUUUCGUCGCAUCCAAUGCGGUCAGUACGAUUUCCCAGCGGAAGAGUGGAGCAUGAUAAGCGCUGAAGCCAAACACCUCGUUAGCAGUCUACUGGUCAAAAAUGUGAGUGAGAGGCUCACUGCCAACGAAGUGCUCGAUCACCCUUGGGUCAAGCAGAGUGCGCCAAGCACCAUCCUUCAAACUCCAAGCAAUCUGUUUCGAAUUGAUUCUGCUCGGGAUGUCCUGCAGAUGAGUGAACAUUUCAACGUAAUGAAUCGUUUUGUGGCAGCUCGUCUAAGUUCUCGUCUCGAUAAGAUCGCAAUCAAUGAGGAUGACAAAGAAAGUACAACUGACUCGAUCAGUAGUGCCAGUCCCACAGAGGCACCACCAAAUCACACUGGCACCAGCGACCGCAAGGCACUUCCACUUUUCAUGGUGCCUCCGGAGGCAUUUGUAGACGCGUUCAGUGGUAUGAUCAUGUACCCGCCCGGAAGCGAACCACCAUCAGCUGCUGUUAGCGCCAAAAAGAUAACUGAUGCUGCUGCUGACUCGCAUUCCGGCGAUGCUGCGAAGAAAGAGACCGUCGCAGCUGAGUCUGAAGCACAUCCGCCUACACCACUCAAAGCUCGCAACACCUUGAAUGGAAUGCGUCGCUUGAUUGCAAGCAUCUCUCGUGGACCAACUCCAGAGACAUGUCAGGUUGCAGUGGUUAGACAGAACUCAAAAACGGAUCUGCUCGCUCAGCAGCAUCGUGAAACCGAGCUGCUAGUACAUCUAUACCAUAUCUCGUCGUCGUUCUAG